CUCAGAUGAUCUCAGAAAGGGGGAGAAAAUGACUAUGAUGGCUCACCAGUCCUCUUCUUGGAUCUUCAUCAAUGAGAGGACAUUCAUUACCAGGGAACAACUUAAUUCUUUAUUGAAGACCUAUAACAUCUUUUAUAGGAACCAGAAAAAUCUGCAUAUUUUAUAUGGACAGACUGACGAUGGGAAACUAAUUGUUGAAGGAACGCUGGACAUUUUCUGGGGAGUAAAGCAGCCUAUACAACUGAAAAUACAAGAUGAAAAGCAAAUGCCUUCUUUCACUGUGCUAAAGUCACCAGAUGUCUUUUCCAAAAGGGGAAUGACACGCUGGGGAGAAUUUGAUGAUCUUUACCGUAUUAGUGAUUUGGACAGGACUCAGAUUCCAGCGUCUGGAGCAACAGAUUCCCAGGAAGAUUAUUUAUCUUAUCACAGUAGCACUCUGAAGCUUCAUGCAGAUGAAGAACCUGAAUCCCCAUUGCUCUAUAGAACAAUGAGUGAAGCAACCCUGGUGAGAAAAAGGAUGAAGCCUCUGAUGAUGGACAGAAAGGACAAACAGAAGCAUAGGGCCUCUAUUAACGGACACUUUUAUAACCAUGAAACAUCAAUUUUCACUCCAGCCUUUGGAUCAGAAACGAAGGUCAGAAUAAACAGUAAUAUGAGAACUGAAGAAGUAAUUAAGCAAAUUCUCCAAAAAUUUAAGAUUGAAAAUAGUGCCCAGGAUUUUGCACUUUACAUUAUUUUUGCAACAGGAGAGCAGAGACGGCUAAAGAAAACAGACAUUCCGUUACUGCAUAGACUCCUACAGGGACCAUCCAAAAAGAAUGCUCGCAUUUUCCUCAUGGAUAAAGAUGCAGAAGAAAUUAACAGUGAUGUGGCUCAGUAUAUUAACUUUCAUUUUUCUCUCCUGGAAUCCAUCCUUCAAAGAUUAAAUGAAGAAGAGAAAAGAGAGAUUCAAAGAACAAUAACAAAAUUCAGUACAGAAAAGGCUAUCAUACUGAAAUGUCUUCGAAGUAAACAGGUAAUAAAAACAGAGACAACAGUUUAGCAAUACAGGUCACUAUUGCUAAAACACUUCAACAAAAUUAGAAGGGUGUUACAACUAUUUGAGUGCAUAAAUUCUAUACUUGCAUUUAUACAAAUAUAUGUGAACUUGAAUCUGUAGGAAAUUGAAUGUGGAAAAAGCUUGUCUCUCUUUAAACUGAAGAGGUUAAGUAGGGUUCACAGUUGGACUGGAGGAACUUGAAUUUAGUUUCAGUAACUGGAAUAAGCUCGGAUACUAUGUAUUUCAAAUAGUUUUUAUAGUAAAACGCUCAAUGAACUUGAAUUUAAAUGGCAUCUUCAGAUGCCAUGCAACUUAAACUUAUUUUAGCUUCAACUGUCAAGAGAACUCUCAUCAACUGACUCUCAGAAAUGAUUCAGAA